AUGGAUUCCUCAAAGAUCGCUCUCCUGCUCGUGCUCUCCUCCGAGCUGCUGCGCGCGGCAGCCGCGUUGCACGACGACGACGACACCCUGACGCUGCCGCGGCUGCAAGGCGGCCAGCACGAAGCGGUGUGGGACACGAGCAACAUGGGCGAAGGCGUCCUCAUCGGGGUGCUCGACGACGGCAUCGACGCGGGCCACCCGUCGUUCGGCGACGAGGGGAUGCCGCCGCCUCCCGCCAGGGACUUCACGCGGCACCUGCGCCGACCCGGCACGGCGCCGAGGGCGGGCACGCACGGGACGCACGCGUCCAGCGUCGCGGCCGGCGCGUUCGUGCGCCGAGUGGGCGGCGGCGCCGGCAGCACGCCUGGCACCGCCCCCGUGGUGGUGGUGUCCGGCGUGGCGCCGCGCGCGCACCUCGCGUUCUACCAGGUGUGCGCGGGCGCGGCGCGCGGGUGCUCGAGGGGCUCGGUCGUGCACGCCGUCGAGGCGGCGCUUGCCGACGGCGUCGACGUGCUCUCGCUGUCGCUCGGGGACGACGACGGUCUCGGCUUCCACGAGGACCCGGUCGCUGCGGCCACGUUCUCGGCUGUCAUGAGGGGCGUCUUCGUCUGCGCCGCGGCGGGCAACAAGGGGCCCACGCCUGGGUCGGUCGCAAACGACGCGCCGUGGAUACUCACGGUCGGCGCUAGCUCACAGCAGGGCACUCCUCGUUCCGCUACCAUCCCGGCGUUCUCCUCGCGGGGGCCGAGCCGCAACAACGGCGGCGUGCUGAAGCCGGACAUCGUGGGUCCCGGUGUCGACAUCCUCGCGGCGGUGCCACGGUCGGCGCGCGGCCCAAGCUUCGCGUCGCUCUCCGGAACGUCCAUGGCGGCGCCGCAUCUCAGCGGGGUCGCGGCGCUGAUAAAGAGCGCCCACCCGACCUGGUCCCCCGCGGCCAUCAAGUCCGCGAUAAUGACCACGGCCGACGCGUCGCUGAUGGACGAGACAGGCACGCCGACGAGCUACUUCGCCAUGGGCGCCGGCCUCGUCGACGCGGCCAAAGCCAUCGACCCGGGCCUCGUCUAUGACACCUCGCCGGAAGAGUACAUCCCUUACCUCUGCGGGCUGGGCUACACCGACGAGCAAGUGAACCGCAUCAUCUACCCUGCGCCCGCGGUCCAUUGCGCCGAGAUGGAGAACACCGAGGCGAAAGAUCUCGACACCCCGUCGAUCAUGGUCGCGCUGACGGAGGACGGGCAGGCCGUGACGGUUAGACGGACGGUGACCAACGUCGGACCGGCCAGGUCGGUGUACCGGGUGGACGUGAGUGCACCGGACGGGGUCUCCAUCACGGUGGUUCCCGGAGAACUGCAGUUCGACGAGGUGAACCAAAAGGCGAGUUUUGUCGUCACCAUGGAAAGGGCUCCAGGAAGCGCGUUGGAGUCUGAAAUUUUGGGGGCGCAGCUCGCGUGGGUGUCAGAAGAGCAUGUCGUAAGUAGUCCGGUAUCCAUCAUCUCUGAAUAUAGUUGA